GGCGCCGCUGAGCAGUCGCAAACGAGCGCAAGUCCACCUCGCACUCCCGCGGCACUCUGACUCCACCGCAACGCGGCUCGGGGCACUUCAGUCAGCUCCUCUCUCCGCCCGUUGCGCUGCGCUCAGCUGCGAGCGCCCACCACCCGCUCGGAACCCGCCUCGCCAUCCUUCUCCGCAGCCCUUGCACCCCUGUACCCCUGCGUGGGCCCCAGUAUCCCCCAGCACCAUGCACGUCUCCCAACUGCUGGCCUGGACGCUGCUUCUGACGCUCCUCUCGCUUCGUCCCGAGGCCAAGCCAGCCGCGCCGCAGAAGCCCCCGCGGACCCCGCCCGGAGAAGAGGUGGCGGGGCUCCUGGCCGCAGCCGGCGGGGACAAGAAGGGGGACAAGGCGCCGGGGGGCGGCGGCGGCGGCGGCGGUGGGGCCAAUGCCAAGGGCUCCAACGCGCGGCUGCUUCGCGACCUGCGCGUGGACAGCCGCUCGAGGGCGGCUUGGGCACGCCUGCUGCACGACUAUCCCAACGCACGCAAGUUCCGAGGCGUCAACAAGAAGGGCUUGUCCAAGGGCUGCUUCGGCCUCAAGCUGGACCGGAUCGGUUCCAUGAGCGGCCUGGGAUGCUAAGGCGGCGCCCCCUGGCGGCGGACCAGGCAGCGCUGGCUCAGCUCGCUGAAAGCAUCCUCGGUUACCUGCCCCGAAACAUCUGCAAGCACCUCCAACAGUU